AUGGCAACACUCGUUGCCUUGAGACUGCUGACUGGUAGCAUUUACCUUGACAGCAAAUUUCAUGGUGCUAGCGACGGGCCUUACUCUCCGUCGGGAUUGGUUCCUGCCACACGUGUUGUCACUACUGAAUGGCUGAUUACAACCAAUAAGAAAUCCCCCCAUACCGCCGACUGGCAAUUCUUCUUCCAAUUCAAGUUCUACCCACCCGAACCCGCGAUGCUGCAAGACGAGAUCACACGGUAUCAGUUGGUGCUUCAGGUACGUCAAGACGUAUUCACUGGGAAACUGCCCUGCUCCUGGGUGACUCAGGCCCUGCUGGGAUCCUUCGUGGCCCAAUCCGAGGUCGGUGACUAUGAUCCCAGUCUGCACCGCAAUACUAACUACCUGAAGAAAUUCGAAUUUGUCCGAUCCCCAACUGAGCAGUUGCUCCAGAAAAUUUCGGAGCUUCAUGCCAAUAACAAGUAA